GUUUAGCGUUUGUACUGUCACUUCUAUUAUUGAGUCGAAGGAAAAAAGUCUUUUACUGAGCGAACUGUGUCGUUAUGGCUUUUGUGCCGCCUCGUGCUGUACCAGCUCGAAGUGUUCAGUCGUUAGAGGAAUACAACACCCCACGAGCUCCUCUCAGGCGUCAGGUGUCCCUGGAUGAAGAGAGACGUGAUGAUUGUCAGGGGCACUGGAGAGGACCGUAUCUGGAAGGAGAGGAGGAGGAGAAAGGUGUACGGCUGUUUAGAGCAAUGCUACUUCAGCACUUGAGACUUGAAGAACUCCGACCGCCGCCUUGUAUGAUAGUACCAGCGAAUCCUGACCAAAGAGGUUGGUGGAUGUACUGGAGAGAUUGGAGAGCAUUGGAGCGCGCUGCUCGUAGAUUUAGGGACACCAAGGCUAGGGCUCUGUUGGCAGCGCGAGCUGAACACAUACCUUUGUUAUGUUUGGACGAGGUGCAAUUUGAAGAUAUUAUGCAAGAAAUAUGUCAGGCCUGUGUUCAUAUUGAACAGAGAGCGUUAGUUGUCCUGGCGUUUUUGUGCGAGGUGGUCGCUCGUGCUGUUAGGGUCGGAGGCUGGUGUAGAGCAGCAGAUUGGGCUGCUAGACAUGUAGCCCAAUGUGCAACUCCCUGGGCUAUUCGACAUGGUGGUUGGAGUGCUGUUGUAGAAAGAGCAGGAGGUAGUCGUAGAGAAGAAACUCUUCUAGCUGGCGCGGCACUUGCGGCACUCCUGGCGUUCCUUUUGUUCUGCCGCACGCGACUUCGUCACACUCUGCUUUAAACAUACUAUUUCCACAAUAUGGGCGUGGACAUAGUUAUGAAAGAUACCUGGAUAAAUAAUUUAUCCAGUUGAAUUGAAUCAUGUAUUGGGAAUUGAAUUUCCAAAAAUAAUAUUCAGAAAAAAAUCUUUACGAGCCUUCAAUUCAGCUAUGAAUUUAAAAGCUGUUUGACAGCAUUUCUGAAUUGCUUGAAUUUUUUUUGUAAAUUGAUAAGGUAACCAAUUCUUGAAAAUCAUACUUGUAAAGAUUAGGGAGUGAAAUGGUGAAGGAAAGAUCCAGAAUAUUGUUAUGCUUAGGAUAAAAAAUGAUUUUGAUAUAUAUAGAUAUGACAUAGUUAUUUACAUAAUUGUUUUUGUACAGACUUUGCUUAAACCUCAUUUUACAGAUCAUGCAAUGAAGUCCUGUAUAUCUAACCGUCCGACAGUCUUCAUUAUAUUUACGAUCUAUAUAUACAUAGCUGCUAUAUACUUUAACCAAUUGAUGAUAUAUAUCAUACAGUUAUUAUUCUAUAUUAUUUAUUAUGUUAUUAUUAUUUAUAGCUAGUUAUUUUCUGUUAAAAGUAAUUAUACUUGCAAAAAUCUUAUCACACAAGACGCUGGUGCUUUUGAAUAGCUAACCCUCAGAACUUGUUAGCAUCAGCUCUUGGAUUACUGGACACCUUUUUUUUUAACGCUGGAAAAACGCCUUACGCAUUUCCCACACGGGAACAGUGGGGGGGGGGGGGGUAUUUGGGGCUCGCCGGUGUCCAAGGCGCCGAGUGCGCCCCUAACAUACCAUAAAUAAAAUACCCACUAAAAACCAGCGGUAUCCUUUCCGUCUUAACAAGGAGCGCCACGGGAUCGCUUUCACAUGCUACCGUGGCGGAUUACUGGACACCUGGAUUAGCCCCAGAAUACUUACUUUACUACAAUUAUAAUAUACUUUAAUACAAUUUUGGAUUCUCAGUCUUUAGAUAAAUUUGGUACUUGAGCGAUUGAACAGCAGCAUUGUAGGUGGACCAAGGUGUGAUAAUGAAUAAGUUAAAGGAUUAGAGGUUUGCUGGGAAAUUGUAUCAUCUAA